GAUGCGGAGGGAGGAAAAGAAAGUACAAUGUAUUGUACGUACAGUAAGCCUUCAGGUUCUCAGGGACGCGGCGCGGUUCGGGUCAGUGGGGUUACCGGUUUGGGUAAUCAGAUUUGGGCUCCCCUUCCCUUCUUGGGAGCAAGACUUUGCACCCAUAAAGUCGGCAGCCUCAUCUCGCAUCUAUGAAUACAACUCGUAUCGAAUGGGUCAAUGGCUAAGUUGUACACGAUCACGUGCCCGUCUAUUCUCUGCCGCGUCUCCAGAUCAAUAUUGCAAUUCACAACCUUGUAGCAUGUUGAUGAUAUGCUCAUAGCAUACUCUAGAUCGAAGACUAGCAAUUGCCGCCAUGUCAUAUCAAACCCUGUUCCAGAGUACAUACAACGCGCGUCUUGAACGCGUCUAUACACGAAAAAAGGUCUCCGAUGAGCCCCAACCGUCCAAGCGGAAAAAGGCAUCAUCUUAUGCGAAACUCUUUGAUCGCAUGCCGAUACCAAAACCAAGAAGAAUCCACGAGGUUGUUGACCGGAGUAGUGGUCAGGUGUACCUGGAGUCUUCCAAAGAGCCUUCCUUGGCCUCUUCGAAGGGUGCGUCUUGGGUCCAUGAGACGCCUUUCCUGCCUGAAAGAUGGGGCAAACAAGCCAUUGCGCGUGGUGCACCUUCGUUGAGGCAUGCGGCAACGAGACAAGCUCUGUCGGACCAAAGAAAUCUUCGACCCGAGCUGUUUGCCGCCGUGCCAUGGCGGCUCGCACAGUCUUUGUGGGAUAUACUUGGGCAGUGGUAUGAGACUACAUAUGCCUGGAAACUAUUUGCAACGGCAUAUCCCGAGGAGUUCCGUAAGAUUGCUGCGGACCGUGUCAUGAAGGUCGAGAGUCCCCUCAUGCCAAUGCAGGAUUACCUGAGCCUGGUCAAAAGUGACUCGUUGAACUGGGGAGCGAUCUUGACUCUGGCUGCCACAUAUGCUCGAAUUCCUGACCUCGUAGGCUUGGCCAACAUCCCAAAUCUUAUUGCGCUGGAGAUUGCCACACCACUGCAGUACGAAGGCGUUGAGGACGAGAGCGAUGCGCCUAUGGUUGAUCUCAAUGAUCGAGUUGUGCGGUCGUGGAGCGAGUUGGCACAGAACUCCGCGGGAUUCGCAAACCUGAGGGUCCUGAUGUUGCAAUUUCAGUCCAACAUCUCGUCUGUCGCACUAAGUUACCUCUGUGACUUACCGGCAUUGCAGCUCCUGGUGCUGAAUGGGUGUCGUGCCAUUCCAGCCGGCGCUGCGGCCGGGUUUGAGUUAGAGGGCUGGGCUGUGGUGGAUAUGGGUGAGGUGCCAAAAUCUUUGCAAAGCAUCUACCAGAACACGCUGCAGAUCGAUGGGGCAGAGAAGCCGACCUUCCCGAUUGAUACCCCUACCUUCUCUCUUCAAAUUGGACAGAAAACUCUCAAAAGCUUACGCGCGACCUCGAAACAAAAGCAUCGUGCCGUUAGCUAUAAUCCCAUUUGUCUUCGUCGCAGCAAGAAUUAUGUCGAACCGCCAGUGAAGAAACAAAGAACCACUUCGGAUCAAAGACCCGCAGGCCCAAAACGGGCAGUAAUGAAAGAGCGCAAGCUGAAAGAUCUUGGGGGUCUGCUGCAGGACUUUCUCUAGCUGGAGUGGAUACGCGUGAUGGAUGAUGGAUGAUGUCACUUGCAGGAGACAGGCGCAUGAGAGCUCUCUGGCCCGUACCUGUACGGAUGCAAGCGCGCGGGUGCCUGGUGAUCGUGCAGAUGACCUGCGUGUAUUGUCUUUGACUUCCAAGGCUCCAUCUGCUCGUCGUUCUUCUGUGAGCGUUAUAUCCAUGGAAGUAUUAAUACGGAACGCAUAGGGGUGUUCUGGAUGCCCCAGGCCUCCCUGAGUACAAUGACGCUGGCAUGACCAGUGGGAAGACGCUGAUUGGCUGACAGCCGCCGCCUCUC